UCUAGCCAGCGGCUGAGUAUUGAUCUUGGAGCUUGGCCAUGUCGAAGGCAGCUGGUUACAGCCUUGGGUUCGCGUGCUUUGCACUGGUGGCGGCCAUGGCCAGCGCCACGCAGUUCCAGGUCGGCGGUAACAACGGCUGGAGCUUGGCCGGCGCCAGCGCACAGUCGUACAACACUUGGGCCAUGAAGAACAGGUUCAAGAUCGGCGACACUCUAGUGUUCGUGUACCCCAAGGACACGGACUCGGUGCUGGUGGUGCAACCGGCCGACUACAACGCCUGCAACACGUCGUCGUACGACAAGAAGUUCGCGGACGGCAACACCGUGUUCACCCUGGACCGCGCCGGCGCCUUCUUCUUCAUCAGCGGCGUCGACGCCAACUGCCGCGCCAACGAGAAGCUCAUCGUCAUGGUCCUCGCGGGCCGCAAUGGCAACUCCAGCGGCGGUGCCCCGCCUUCCUCGCCCGCCGCCGCGCCUCCGGCGUCGAGCACUGCGACCCCGCCGGCGGCAGCGUCUCCUGCGCCGUCUGCUUCCAGCCCGCCGCCCGCGACGGUGUCUCCUCCCGCGCCCGCUCCUAAGGCUCCCAGCCCCACCUCGGCCCCUCCCCCCGCUUCCGCCUCCGCCCCGGCGACACCGCCCAGCUCGGCACCGGCGGCCUCGUCCCCUCCGUCUGCUCCUCCGAGCUCCUCGCCACCGUCGCCCACACCGUCGGCUCCGGCCGGCGUCCCGUUGAUGCCGCCACCAGCGACCGCUCCGGCCGGCGCCGAUGGAGGAUCGACGAACACGACCGGCGCGUCUCCUCCCACCGGCUCCACCAACCAGAACAGCGCCGGGUUCAUGGUGACCGGCGCCGCCGCCUCGGCCGCGGCCUGCAUCGUCGGCUACGCCAUGCUUGCUCUCUGAGCUCUGAAGCGUGAGGGACGAAGGGCGAUCCACUUGUGUAAUUGAGAUGUGUGUGUGUGUCGAUUGAUCUCUUUGUACGUAUUCGUUUUCCAUCGGAUGAAAUAAAG